AUGUAUGCGGCAGCCUACCUGGAUGACAUCAUCAUCCACAGCACCGACUGGGACAGUCAUAUCAGCAGGGUCGAAGCUGUGCUGAUGUCCCUGAGGGAGGCCGGGCUGACAGCUAACCCUGCAAAGUGCCGGCUCGAGUUGGAGGAAGCGGCCUAUCUCGGCCACACUGUUGGGAGGGGAUGGGUGAAGCCCCAGGAGAACAAGGUCGAUAGCACUGUCACCUGGCCCCAACCGGCCACCAAGAAGCAGGAGCAGCCCAACCGGGUCCAGUGGAACCGCCUCGCCACCGCAGCCUUCCAGGACUUACGGGCCGCCCUGGGGGAGGAACCCGUACUAAUCACUCCCAACUUUCAGAAACCCUUUGUCCUGCAGACAGACGUGUCGGAACAGGAGGUGGCCGGUGUGGAAGGGGGCCAUGUCAGUGUGCCGUGUCACUAUAAUGAACCGAGCAGCAUGAAGAAGUGGUGCAGGAUAGAGGGCUCCUGUGUGGAAGUGAAUCCUGGUAAAUCUGGAAGAUCAGAGAUGACAGAUGACCGCUCUAAAAAGGUCUUCACUGUGACGAAAACUACAACGGCCACAGUCACCACAUAUACCAUCAAGUCUCCCACUCAAUCCCAUAACAAAACACUGAUCACCACAACAGAAGGGGCCUUUAAUGAUGGAAAGACCAGUCCCCCGGAACAAGGAAGCCAGCUGUGUUCUGGUGGACAGACGUGCCUGGAAAGGACUCUGUGGGUGCUACGUCACGCCGGGCUUGUUUUGGUGUUCCUAAUAUGCACCGCCGUCGCCUUUUGGAAGAUCUGGCGAAACCGCAGAGUGCUGCAAUCAAGAGAGAAUAGACGAUGUGGGACAAAGUUACGCUGCCAAAAUAACACCGAUGCUGACGGUGUGUACACAGUGAGUGAAGUAGUUGUACAGAGAGGAAGAUCUGUCACCAUCCCAUGUCUCUAUGAUAGAGAAUAUGAAAGUCAUGUGAAAUACUGGUGUCAUGGUGCAGACUGGUAUGUUUGUGAAACUGUAGUACGCACUGACUCUCCAAAAGUUACAGGUGAAACAUCAAUCACUGAUGACCCCACCCAUCAUGUGUUCACUGUUACCAUGAGAAAGCUUCAGAUGAAGGAUUCUGGACAUUACUGGUGUGCUGUAGAGAUCCAGGGCGCUCGAGAUAAGAAAGCAUAUCUGUACCUGUCAGUCACUGCAGGGCCUCCUGGACUCUGGGUUGAGCAGCAGGAGGUGGCCGGUGUGGAAGGGGGCCAUGUCAGUGUGCCGUGUCACUAUAAUGAACCGAGAAGCAUGAAGAUGUGGUGCAGGAUAGGGGGCUCCUGUGUGGAAGUGAAUCCUGGUAAAUCUGGAAGAUCAGAGAUCAAAGAUGACCGCUCUAAAAAGGUCUUCACUGUGACGGUGAGGGAGCUGAACAUGGAGGACACAGGCUGGUAUUGGUGUAUUGCUGGAGAACUACAGAUCCCUGUUCACCUCACUGUCACUCAGAAAACUACAACGGCCACAGUCACCACAUCAGCAACAUCCUCCAAGCCUUCAACCUCAAAUCAUUCAACAGUCUCAACACCUCUCUCACCUGUUCCAGCAACAACUACAUUUACUUACAAUAUAAGACUGCAGACCCUGAAGAUGAAGUGA